GACGGAGUGUGGGGAACAUGGGGACCUUAUUCACCAUGUUCAUCAAAUUGUAUCGGAGGAACUCGUACACGAACCAGAAACUGUGACAAUCCUUCCGCAUCAAAUGGUGGAUCCAAAUGUCCUAACAGUAUCACAGGCGCUACACAGACAGAGGACUGCAACACAGAAAUUCCAUGUCCUGUGGAUGGAAACUGGGGAGAAUGGUCGGAUUUUAGCGACUGUUCUACAACAUGUGAUGGAGGAACACAAAACAGAACAAGACUAUGUGAUAAUCCAGAACCGAGUAAUGAUGGUGCUACCUGUUCUCCUCCUGGUAGCGAAACUCGAUCAUGUAAUACCACUUCAUGUAUAGGUAAUACCUACUUAUUUAUUUUCAAAUGA